AUGCUUGACAAGCUUGGUGGUGCCUUUGUAUGUACAUUACUCACAGUUCUUGUGCACCCAAGCCAUCAUCUGGACCCCACAAGUCAAGGGAGUCGCCAUGUUCUUGUUGAUGACAAGGUUAGGACAGACAAGACAUAUCCUACUGGUUUCAUGGAUGUUGUUUCUAUUCCCAGAACAAACGAAAGUUUCCGUCUUCUGUAUGACACAAAGGGUCGCUUCCGUCUCCACUCCGUGAGGGAUGAGGAGUCAAAGUUUAAGCUCUGUAAGGUUCGGUCUGUUCAAUUUGGGCAAAAGGGCAUACCCUAUUUGAACACAUACGACGGUCACACCAUCCGCUAUCCUGACCCACUAAUCAAGGCUAAUGACACCAUCAAACUAGACCUGGAAAACAACAAGAUCAGAGACGCAUCACAUAACACCACCUGA